AUGAUACUUUGCCCCUGUUGUCAAAGACAAUAUGAUGUCUUACCAACAUAUUUAGUCCAUCAAUGUGAUUGUCGUUUCAAUCCAUGUAAAAUGAUGGAUUUCAUGGAAGGUCCACCAAGUAAAAGACCUAGAUUGGAACCAACACAAUCAUCAUCAUCAAGUUCCUGCUCUUCAUGUUCAAAUUGUAGUGACUGUUCUCUUUGUGCUGAAGCCUUGAGAAAUAUGGUUCCAACUAUUGAACAAAUCGAUCCACAGCAACCAGAACUUUUUCCUGAACCACCAAUUAGAGUUGAGUCAGAAGAGAUUAUACUAUCUUCACAAUCAACUAUAGAUUUAUCUUCUGAUGAAGAAGAUGAGCAACCAAUGGAUUUGUCUGUUAUCAGACCGUCUGUCAUCCAAUUUGCUCCAAGAAUCGGUAAUGAGAUAUUUAGUUCAAUAUCGUUCACAAAUAUUGAUUCACCGGAUAUAAAUGAAGUGAUGACGACUAAAUUUGAAGAGAUCAGGUCACUAAUCAACACUUUAAUUGACGAAUUUGGAGCAAUUAAGUUCAGUAUCGGUAUAAUUGUCCAGUUCAAAAAUGAAACCACUGAAAAGACUGAUAAGGGCUGGUUUGAAUCUGAUCUUACCCCUUGUUUAGCUGGUUCGAACAAAGAUUCGUUGACUAACGAUUCAUAUGAGUUCAUAUAUGACCGUAUCGAUCAAUUUACUCAGCGUGGAUCUGGAUGGACUGUCAACAAAAUCUUGUCUAUUGAUUUAGCUGCUGGUAAAUUCAAACCUUUUCGUGGUGGUUGUAAUGACAACCAGAUUCCAUUAUUCAUUAGGAACAAGAAAUGUUUGAUCUCACCUCAAACUGAUACUGAUUGUUUCAUGUUUGCGGUACUAAUUGGUCUCCAUAAGUCAAAUGGACAUUGUGGGAGAACGAGUAACUACACACAGUAUGUUGAAAAUUAUGACUUCUCUGACGUUCGUGGGAUUGUUUCUAUAGAUAAAAUUGAUAGAUUCUCAAGAAAAAAUAAUCUGUCAAUCAAUGUCUAUACCUGUUAUCCAGAUAGCAAAGCUGUUGUACCACUCCAAAUCUGUGAUCAGGAAAAGGAAAAACAUGUUGACUUAUUUUUAAUGAAUCAACAUUAUUAUACAAUCUCAAAUUUCAACCGAUUAGUCUCCCACACUGAGAAAAGAGCUAGAUUUUUUUGUAAAAGAUGUCUUUGUUCAUUCAGCUCGAGUGAAAAGCAAGCAUUUCAUUUAAAUGAAUGCCAAAAAGUUACUGCUCAAAGACUCAUCUUACCGGAUGUUGGUAAUUCAACACUCAAAAGGAAUCAAUUCCGUAAAGAGGUACAGUUUCCUGUCUGUGUUUAUGCAGACUUUGAAACAUUGAAUGUUAAAAAUACUUCCGAAAAUAAUACCGUCAGUGAUUUGGUACCUUGUAGCUACGGACUUGUAGUAGUUGACUGGAAUGGUGAAAUUAUUAGUAAAGACUUUUAUCUCGGUGAAAAUGCAGGAGUUAAAUUCUUAGAAAAGCUCAUAAGUCUAGAGUCAUUUAUACGUCAACAUAUUUCUACAAAUAUCAAGCCUUUGUCUUUAACUUCUUCUGAAGAAAAACAGUUCAAAGAAGCAACUGUCUGUCAUAUUUGUUCAAAACCUCUAGGGACAAAUACUAGUGUUCGUGACCAUGAUCAUCUCACCGGUAAAUUUCGAGGCGCUGCUCAUCAACUCUGUAAUUUGGAGUAUCAAGUACCUACUCAGAUUCCGGUUGUAUUUCAUAAUCUGAAAAAUUUCGACGGUCACAUUAUAAUCAAAGCUCUGAGUUCAUCAAUGUUUACAAAUAAACCUCAAAUCAUCGCUCAUUCCACUGAAAAGUUUAUUGGGUUCAUAAUCGAUAAUUUCAAGUUCAUGGAUAGCUUUGCUUUUCUUCCAGCAAGUUUGGAUGCUCUGUCAGCCAAUUUAUCAACUGAUGAUAAAGUAUUUUAUCUCAGUCAACUAUUCAUGGGUGAUUUAUCCCUUUUAAUGAAGAAAGGAUGCUUACCUUACGAGUACCUGGACUCAUUUGAUAGAUUCACUGAAACUUCUUUGCCAAGUCGAGAUCAAUUUUAUUCAAGUCUCAUGGAAUCACCGAUUUGUGAUGAGAUAUAUAAUCAUGUCAGAGAAGUUUGGUCUCAUUUUGGUUGUGUAACAUUGAAGGAUCUUCACGACGUUUAUCUAAAGACUGAUGUUGUUCUAUUAACAGCAGUUUUUGAGAACUUUAGAAAAAUGGCACUUACAAGUUUUGGUAUUGAUCCACUUCACCAUUUCUCUUCACCUGGUUUGACUUGGGCUGCAGCUCUAAAGACAACAGCUAUCGAACUUCAGAUUUUUUCUGAUGUUGAUAUGUUGUUGAUGAUAGAAUCGGGAAUAAGAGGUGGUUUGACAAUGGUCAGUAAACGAUAUGCUAAGGCAAACGACCCUGAACUACCAGAUUACAAUCCAAAAGAACCUAAUAGUAAAAUUCUAUACUUGGACGUCAAUAACCUUUAUGGUUAUGCUAUGUCACAAUACUUACCUGUUGAUGGAUAUGAAUGGUGUGAUAUACUAUUAGAGGACAUUUUGAACACUUCAGAUGUAUCAAGUGUUGGUUACAUACUUGAAGUGGAUUUAGAAUAUCCAUCUGACCUCCAUGACUCACAUUCAGAUUUUCCUCUAAUACCAGAGAAAAGAAAAGUUGAUUCAACAAUGUAUAGCUCAUAUCAACAAGAGCUACACACAGAAUUGAGGAAUCGUGGAAUCAAGUUGGUUUCCUCCACUAAACUUGUAACUACUUUCUUGCAAAAAAUCAAAUAUGUUGUUCACUACUCAAUCCUAAAGUAUUACGUUGAGCUUGGAAUCAAAAUCACCAAAGUUCACCGAGUGAUUAAAUUCAAUCAAUCACCCUGGUUAGCACAAUAUGUCAAUUUCUGUACUUUAAAUCGUCAAAGAGCAACGAGUGACUUUGAAAAAGACUUUUGGAAGUUGCUUGUAAAUUCCAUCUAUGGUAAGACGAUUGAGGAUAAACGGAAACAUCUUAAAGUGGAAAUUGCACUAAAAGAUAUUGAAGCAGAGAGGAUGAUGAGGAAGAAUCUCGUCAAAAAGUUCAUAAUUCUGGAUGAAGAUAAAGUUAUUUUUCAAAUGAAAAAUAGUGCAGUAAAGAUGGAUAAACCAAUUGCCGUUGGAUUUACUGUCCUUGAAUUGGCAAAACUCAAAAUGUUCAAACUACAUUACGGACAAUUUAAACCACAUUUUGGAGAUAAUAUGUCAUUAUUAUAUACUGACACAGAUAGUUUGAUCUACCAUCUCAAAACUGAUAAUAUAAAUCAUGAUCUUCAAAUUUUAUCUCACCUUAUGGAUUUCUCCAAUUAUCCACAAUCACAUAAUCUUUUUUCCAACGAGAAUAAGAAAAAAAUUGGGUUUGUUAAGAAUGAGGUUGCUGGUGAUGAAAUCUUAGAGUUUAUCGGGAUUAAACCAAAACUUUAUGCACUAAAGACAUUAUCAGGUGUCAAAAAGAGAGCAAAGGGAGUCCCACGAGUCUCUCUGAAUAAGAUAACUUUUGAUGAUUUCCACAAUUGUUUGAUGAAUGAGUCAACUGAGAGUGGAACAGCUUCAAGAAUCCAAUCAACUAAUCAUAAUAUCCAAGUAGUAUCUCAAACAAAACUUAUGAUCACACCGUUUGAAGAUAAAAGAUUUUAUCUUAAUAAAAUUGAGUCAGUGCCUUAUGGUCACUAUAACAUAAAAAAUUUACUAUAG